AUGGACCAGGGUUUCCUGAAGGACACAGCUGACACCAAGCUGUUGGAAGACAACACCAAGUAUCGAUCCGUUGUUGGAGCAAUACUCUACAUAGCUGUUUGUGCGCGACCCGACAUAAUGGCAACGGCUACUGUACUAGGUAGAAAGGUUAGUGCCCCAACGGAAAAAGACUGGACGGCAGCCAAGCGUGCGGUAAGGUAUCUUAAGGAUACCAAAGAUUGGAAGCUGAAGAUGGGUGGAGAGCAUGGUGUAACCGACUGCGGUGACUUAAUCGCGUUUUCCGAUGCGGAUUGGGCAGGCGAUUCUUCAUCACGGAAAUCAACAACCGGUUACGUGGUGUACUUCUCAGGAGGAGCAGUGUCCUGGGCUAGCCGUAAGCAGAGCAACGUUACGUUAUCUACGAUGGAGGCUGAGUACGUUGCGUUGGUCGAGACCUGCCAGGAGGUACUGUGGUGCGUGUGGUAG